AUGGCUUAUUAUACAAUACUAGUUUCUUCAACUUUCUUACUUCUGAUCAGCUUCGCCUUCUGCGUCCGCUCUCAAGUCCCUCAGCCAAUACCAUCGCCCACUCAGGACGCGCCUCCGGCUGGUGGAGGUGGCGGCGGCGGUGGUGGCGGAAAUAGUACUGGUGCGGGCAGCUCUGGCUAUGGUUAUGGUUCUGGCGAAGGGUCUGGCAGCGGAGGCAGUGGUGGUGGUGGAGGUGGUGGUGAAAGCAGUAGUGGACCUGACGGUGGAUCUGGCUUUGGCUCUGGCAGUGGCUGUGGAACUGGCAGCGGCGGCGGCGGAGGAGGAGGUGGAGGCGAAGGUGGUAGUAGUGGAGGCGAAAGUAGUGGCUUUGGAUUUGGAAGCGGCUAUGGUUCUGGUUCUGGGGGUGGACGUGGUGGCGGAGAUAAUGCUGGCGUUCCAUGGGAAAAUAGGAAGAGUUUGACAGUUCAUCACUAA